CCGCGAGGGGCGUUCAUGAAGUCGCCAAGGUGAGGAUCUAAGCUUUUUCCCGCCGCACCCGAGCAUUGUGUUUGUGUGUCUGCGAUCAACAUCUCCUCGAUCGAUCCAUCGAUCGCGGCGCUGCUGUUGCGCAACCAUCCACAACUCGUUUCUCCAGUACAACCAUGGGGUUUAUAUCCUUUGUCGGGAGGGUCACGUUCUCUGCGAUCUUUAUUUUGGCUGCCUGGCAAAAAAUCCAAGACUUCGGAGAUGACGGAGGCUCUGCUUUGAAGACGUUGGAACCCAAGUUGGAUCUGUUCAAGGGUCAUAUAUUCGAGACACUUCAUUUCAAGGUUCCACCUGUUGAGACCAAGCAUUUGUUGAUGGGAGCUAUCGCGUUGGAGGGUUUUGGCGGACUUCUCUUCACAGUGGGGAGUAGUGUCGGUGCAUAUUUGCUGCUCAUCUUCUUGGCCGCCAUCACCCCCAUUAUUCACGACUUCUACAACUAUGAGCUUUCCAGCCCAGAGUAUGUCCACCAGUUCAACCAAUUUCUGAAGAAUUUGGCACUUUUCGGAGCCCUUUUGUUCUUCUUGGGUAUGAAGAACUCCACUUCCCGCCAGAACAGAAGGAAGCAGCCGUCUAAGUCCAAGGUUCAGUAGAUUUUAGAUCUGGAACUCUGUGCAGUGAUAUUGACAAACGGCAGUUAUGAAGGGAUUGUAGCGUGGUGUGCCCUACUUGCCGCUCUCUGUUGUGUAGUCAUUUUGGGAAGUUAGCUGAAGGACAUCAAUUUUGUGAUUCCUCUUUUUUUGAAAACUGAAAUUAUGCCAGUAUGCAUGUCUGGUAUGCUUGCGGUGUUCGGUUUUUAAAUCAAUCAUCUUAUAUUUUUUUGGACGAGCAA